UCAGGUUUCUUCCUUUUAUAUUGUGGAAUUACAUAAAGUAAAAACUAGGAAAGCUCUAAUUGCUGAAAUUACUUGUAAGAACAAGGUGCAGCCACCCAAGAGAGGAUGAGAAGGGGAAUAAAAGGAUGUUACCCUUGUUAUUGGUUGCAAAGCCACAAAGAAGGAUGGAGCCAAAUGCAGGUAAUUCAUCCAGAAUCUUUUAAACUGGUAACACAUUGAGCAAUUUGCAGAAACUUUCUCUGUGAUGCUUGAACAAGAAAACUAAGAUCUGCCAAAAUGUCCGAAAGAUCAGAUAUCCUUCACUUCAAGUUUGACAAUUAUGGAGAUUCAAUGUUACAAAAAAUGAACAAACUGAGGGAAGAAAAUAAGUUUUGUGAUGUCGUAGUUCACAUAGACAAUGUUGAGGUUCAUGGGCAUAAAAUUGUGUUUGCUGCAGGCUCCCCCUUUUUAAGAGAUCAGUUUUUGUUGAAUGAUGCCAGAGAGGUUAAAAUCUCCAUUCUGCAGAGUUCAGAAGUGGGGAGGCAGUUGCUUUUGUCCUGCUACAGUGGUAUUCUGGAGUUUCCUGAGAUGGAGCUGGUAAAUUACUUGACUGCUGCAAGCUUUCUUCAGAUGAGCCACAUUGUGGAACGAUGUACACAGGCUCUCUGGAAGUUUAUAAAACCUAAGAAGCCAUUGGAGAGCAAGGAGGAUUGUGAACAGCAAAGCGAUUCUUCUGAGUUGAAAGAACACCAAGGAGAUGAGGACUCUCUGCAACAGGAUUCACUAUGUAUUCAAACCUCAGAAGACAGUAUGGACAUGGAAGAUAGUGACAUUCAGAUUGUCAAGGUGGAGUCUAUUGGGGAGGUGUCUGAGGUUAGAAAUAAAAAAGAUCAAACCCAGUUUAUUUCUUCUGAACAAACUGCUUUACAUUCAUCAGAGCCUCAGCACUUUUUAAUCAAUUCCACUGUGGAAAACAGAACGAGUGAAAUAGAACAAAAUCAUCUCCACAACUAUGCCCUUUCUUAUGCUGGCAGUGACAAUUUCAUCAUGGCCUCUAAAGACAUGUUUGGUCCUAACAACAGAGGUAUAGACAAGGGUCUCCAAUGGCACCACCAGUGUCCCAAGUGUACCAGAGUAUUCCGGCACCUGGAAAACUAUGCUAAUCAUUUAAAAAUGCAUAAACUGUUCAUGUGUCUGCUGUGUGGUAAGACGUUCACUCAGAAAGGCAAUCUCCACCGACACAUGAGAGUGCAUGCAGGGAUCAAACCUUUUCAGUGUAAAAUCUGUGGGAAAACCUUCUCUCAGAAAUGUUCUUUACAGGACCAUCUCAAUCUGCACAGUGGAGACAAGCCUCAUAAAUGUAACUAUUGUGACAUGGUCUUUGCACAUAAACCUGUUCUGAGGAAACACCUUAAACAAUUACAUGGAAAAAAUAGUUUUGACAAUGCCAAUGAAAGAAAUGUUCAAGAUAUAACGGUGGACUUUGAUUCUUUCAGCUGUAGCACUGCUACAGACAGUAAGGUCUGUCAACAAGCUGAUGCAAGCCAGAUACUGGAUGCAGGGAAAUUGGCUCAGGCUGUGCUCAAUUUAAGGAGUGAUAGCACCUGUGUUAAUUAAGCAUUCCAAGCAGCCCUUUGUAGGCAUCAUGAAGAAAGGAACAAAAGGUUGGAUUUGGGCUUUCACCAAAGCAGAUGGUAUGCCCUGAAAGGUUGUGUACAGAUUGAAUUACAAAACCUAACAGGUUGUCAGCCUUCAUUCUAGUCUUGUUAUUUUCUGAGACUAGCAAUCCUCAUGCAGGGUUUCUGUCUGUGUCCCUACUGGUGAGCAUGGGGUUAAAUUUUGGAUUUGUUACAUUUUGGAUCAUUUACUCUGAUUUGGAGACAUGGGACUGUCACCUUUUGAAGAACUCUUGCUGUGGGCAGUCAUCAAUUAAACUAUGUGCUGUACAGUUAAGGGCCUGUGUAUGUCUGGGCAGAUAGAAGAAACAACAGAAAGGAUGAGUCUAUGAGAUAAAACCUGACUUUUUCAAAAAGCACUGGAUAACUGAGAGUUAUGUAGUUCAACUGCUAAUUUAUCUGUUAAAACUUCAGUUAUUUGCCUUCCAAUCUUACCCAAAUCCCUAAAGUUAAAAUUAAAUACUUUUUUCCAUGUGUCACUUUUUUGUCCCUUUUAAACUAUGUAAUUGAAUUUUCUCUGCUAAUCAGCCCUACCCCAACCGAUAGCAACUUUCAGGAUUAUUAACAUGGAUGUAUGUUUAUAAAGAGCUAAAGCCCUGAAUGAUCUAGGUGGGUCAGGUAGAUUACAUGGUACUGUUUGUAAAGAAAAUAAAUUUCAGAUUUUUAGAAUAUGAGGCUGAUUGCCUAGGGUCAGGGUAUGACUUCUUCGUUGAUGUAGGGCUACUGAGGAUGUGCUUUCACAGCAUAAUUAGCUCCGGUAAUAACUGGAAUGCUACCCCUAGCUCAACUCCCAUCCACACACGGAAUUCUCUAGCUCAAGUUAAUUGGUGCUUUAAAUUCUAGCUAGCUAGUUGGGAGGGAGGGCGUUUGAAACUUAAGUGAUGUUGAUGCUAAAGCUAGUAACUCUCUGGGGAUGCAACAACUUGAGUUACAACAAGCAUGUAGAGGACAAUAAGAGAAUAAAUAAUACCCAAGGUGGGCUUCUCAAAAAUCAUGCCAAACCAAACUAAUUUCCUUCAUUGACAGGGUUACUGUCCUAGUGGGUAGAGGGGAAGCAGUAGAUGUAUGUUCCCCUCCCUCCAUCUUGAUUUUCAGUAAGGCUUUUGACUUAGACUCACAUGAUUUUUUCAUAAGAAAACUAAGGAAACGUGGUCUAGAUGAAGUUACUAUAUGGUGGAUGCAUAACUGGUGGAAAGACUGUAUUCAAAGAAUAGUUAUCAAUAGUAGCUGUCCAAUUGGAAGGCAGUAUCUAGUGGGGUCCUGCAGGAGUCUGUCUUGUGUCCAGUACUACUCAAUAUUUUCAUUAAUGACUUGGAUAAUAUAGUGUAGAAUGUGCUUUUUAAAUGUGAGGAUUACCACCAAACUGGCAGGGAUUUGUAGCACUUUGGAGGAUCAGAUCAGAAUUCAAAAUGAUCUUGCCAAAUUGGAGAAUUGGUCUGAAAUCAACAAGAUGAAAUCCAGUAAAGUCAAGUGUAAAUUUAGGAAUAAAAAAUCAAAAGCACAUAUAAAACUGGGAAUAACUGGCUGUGAGUUUAUACUGUUGAAAAUGAUCCAGUACUUGUAGUGGAUCACAAAUUUAAUGAAUCAACAAUGUGAUGCAGUUACGAAAAAGGUAAAUAUCAUUCUGGGGUGUAUUAACAGGAGUCCCAUAUGUAACACACAGGAGGUAAUUGUCCCACUUUACUCAGCAGUGAAGAGGCCUCUGUUGGAGUGCUAUGUCCAGUUCUGAGCAUCUCACUUUAGGAAAGAUGAGAACGGGAGAGCAACAAAUUUAUAGAAGGUUUAGACAGGGUCGCCCAGAGGAUUCAGGGGGCCUGGGGUCUUCGGCAGCGGGUCCCGGGGCGG